AUGUCUGGAACAAGGCGCUCAAUUCGUGUUGCAAAUGUCAGUGGCGCGUUCGGUGACUGGCCCUUGGCUCUGUGGACCCUGAAAAAGGCUACGUACGAUGCGGGUUUUCUUCGCCAGCUAGACCGCGAGACCGCUGACAUCGUGGCCGCCAAUGGCAUCAAAAUUAUCCACGACGGUGGAACAUUCAACCUAGCAGGGCUCGCAGCGCAAUAUCGGCAGCUGCUUGAGUCGUAUGGAAUCACCAGCCUCAAGGUUGCAUACGUCGAGGGAGAUAAUGUCCUGAGUCUGCUAGACACGCUGAAGUCGCCCAGCUCUGCUCCGCACCUUGAUAUCAAGGGCCGUGACUUGUCACACAUCACCAAACCCAUAGUCAGCGCCAACGCCUUUUUGGGCAUGUCGGGCAUCAUUGAGGCGCCGACAUUAUCAUUUCCGGAAGAUCCUCUGACGCUAGCCCUGCGAUGGCUAGCAGGAUCACUACUUGCUGGCCGUGCAGCAGAUUUUAUCGAGUGUGGUUGCUAUGCCACUGGCGGCAACUUCUCUGGCUUCAAGUCUAUUCCUAAAAUCUGGAACCAGGGUUUCCCAGUACUAGCAGAAAUCAAGGCAAGCGGAGACUUUGAAAUCACACCUCACGACGGAGCGCGUGGCCUGCUCGUAUACGAGAUUCAAGGUUCCUUCUACCUGAACCCUGAUGUCGUUGCCGACAUCACCGAUAUCCAAAUAUCGCACAGUAGCAAGAACAGGGUCUCUGUCACUGGCUUUACGGGCGCUCCCCCACCACCCACGACGAAGCUCGCCGUCUGCAUGCAAGGCGGCUUCCAAAUCGAGUACUACCUUUUUGCCACGGGGCUCGAAAUUGUAGAGAAGCUCGCCGACCUUUAG